AUGUCUUCACACGUCCGCACCAGACGUCUCCUAACCCUCCUCCUCCUCGCCCUAACAACACAAACCCUCGUCGUCGCUGCUGCCGAAGACCGUCCAAAAGGUGACUUCCGCCAAUGUCUACAAGUCAGCCCCGACUGCCCCGUGCACGCCACCCUCUACGGCUACCGACCCAACCUCGGCGCCAACGCCUUCCUCUGCGCCCUCUUCGGCACCCUCUUCCUCGCCUCCCUCAUCAUCGGCGUGCUAUCGAAAACAUGGACGUACACGGCCGCCCUGGCCGUCGGCACCUUCCUCGAAGCCGCCGGCUACGCUGGCCGCGUCAUCAUGAACGGUAACCCCUGGAGCGAAUCUGGGUUUAAACUGCAGAUAUGCUGUCUUGUGCUCGGCCCUAGUUUCGUCGCUGCGGCUAUUUAUCUCACGUUGAAGCAUUUUGUGUUGUACUGUGGACCGCAGCAUUCUCUUAUCAAGGCGAGGUUGUAUCCGUGGAUCUUCAUCGGCUGCGACUUUGGGUCGAUUGUGCUGCAGGCUUGUGGUGGUGGUAUGGCGGCUGCGGGUGGGACGACGAAUAAGAAACUCAUCGAUGGAGGCAACAAGUUGAUCGUCGCUGGUAUCGCGUUUCAAGUUGUUACCAUGGCCGUGUGUGGGCUAUUAGUGUUGGUGUACAUUUUCAGGUAUCGCAGGGCGAACAAAUUGAACAAGACAGUGGGCGAGAAGAGCAGAUACGAAGUCGACAAGGAAACAGGAGCUGCCGGGUUAAGAAGGGUCAAGUUGUUUGGUUGGUUGAUCUUUUUGGCGUUUACCACGGUGCUGGUUCGUUGCAUUUAUCGUCUGCCGGAGAUGGCAGGGGGCUGGGGAAAUGCGCUGAUGCGGAAUGAGACGGAGUUUUUAUUGCUAGAUGGCAUGAUGCUGGCUAUCGCAUGCACGAUCCUUACCGUCUUCCACCCCGCAUACUUCUUCCCUCCUUUCGCUGCGUUCCGCCGUAACAAGUAGAUACGAUCUCCCUUCAGCGAGCUCGAGUUAUAGACUUUUCUAAUAUCUGUCCUGUUGUGACACACGAUAUACACAUAUCCGCUCAGCGCACCGUUCACGAUUUCCAGCGAUUUACAAGACUUCAGCAUAUUCAUAGAACAAGAUAAUUCUUACUCCAAUUUUACACGUACAGCGAUGCGGUUCUAAUCA